AUGGUUGAUCUGGAGCUCAUGUACAACUUUACCACCUUUACCUUUGCGACACUCUCAGACGACCCUUCGCUUCGUCAGAUGCUGAAAACCACAGCUGUCAAGAUGGCCAUGGACAACGAUUGUCUGAUGCGCAUGAUUCUUGCCGUGUCUGCCCUCCAUCUUGCGCACUAUCGUCCAUCGAGGAGGGUUCACUACCUUCAACGGGGUUUGGAGCACCAUGCAGCUGCCAAUCGAAAGGCCAUUUCGCUCUUGACGGACUUGAGACAUGAAGAUUGCGAGGCACUCCAUCUCUUUUCUGUCCUGACACUCUUCUUCGCGCUUGGAUGUCCAAGAGAAGAGCAAUCUUCCUUCAUCCUGGGAGAGUCGGUCGUGCCAAACUGGCUUGCUUUGGUGCGCGGGACAGAGCCCAUCAUUCAGAUUCUUGACCCAAACACGUACAAAGGGCCCCUGGCGCCCCUCUUCGAGUAUGGCAGAAAUGCUUGGAGGAAGUUGUACGGUUCCGACCAGCCGCGGAACCCGGCGCUGCUCAUGGAGCUCCAGGACCAAGUGACCCGGGCCUGCAAGGACAAGGAGGUCCUACCAAUCUACCUGGCGACCAUCGACCAUCUGCGGCAUAUCCUUGGCAUGAUAAUACCGAGUGCGCGGAUAGGAGGGGCCGACUGGAACGGCGGUGCUCUGGAUGGCUAUCACAAAACCGCUGCCAGCGCCAGGCCCAGCCCCCAGGGGCCGAGACUGGAGCCGUGGGACAUACUGGUGGUUACGUGGCACAUGGUGGAUUUCCUGUCGCUGCUGCAAGUCGCAAGGCCGGAGCAGGAGGCCCUCUCCAUCUUUGCCCAUAUGCUGAUCAUAUUCAAAAAGCUUGAGAGCCAGUGGUGGCUGGAGGGAUGGGCUACACAUGUAAUGGAGCGCGUUUGGGGGCUGUUGGAUGACGAGCAUAAACUAUGGACGCAGUGGCCCAUUGAGGAGCUUGGCUGGGUGCCUCCUUGA